AUGACCUAUUCUUUGAGCCUAAACACACCCAACAGAGACGCAGCCAACCCUCGCGCCUCACUCAAACCCGCAGCUCUGAGGCGCGCACAGGCAGACAGCAGCAGCAGCCUCUGGACGGAGCGCACCAAGCCCAGCGCUAUACUGAGACUGAGACUGAGAGGGCGUUUGAACAAGCUGCCCCCACUCAAACACACAGGCUCAUGGGAGCGUCAGAUCAGACUCUCGCUAUCCCCCAGAGACAACUUGGAAGCACCGGCAAACCACGCGCAGCUCCGCACGCUCCACAAGUCGGAGGAGUGUAAAAACUCCAGUCACAAGGACGGCGCUAAGCGAGACGUGUCAAGGGUCACGGAAACCACAGAAGAACAAAAGUGGGGCUUACAGCAACCAGAGGCAGCUAUGGCAUCCAACAGCCUCUUCAGCACAGUGACACCAUGUCAGCAGAACUUCUUUUGGGAUACCAGCGCCAGCCGGAGGUUCAGCCCGCCGUCCAACAGCCUCCAGCCGCUCGCAGGGAAGAUGAACGAUGUGUCUCCUCCAGGGCCCGGGCAGCCAGACUCUGCAGCUGUGCCCAGGCUGCGGCCGCACGAGAAUCGGAGCAUGGCGGAGAUCAUCGCGGACCACCCGGCGGAACUCGUGCGCACGGACAGCCCCAACUUUCUGUGCUCCGUGCUGCCGUCCCACUGGCGCUGCAACAAGACUCUGCCUGUCGCCUUUAAGGUGGUUGCUCUGGGUGACAUUCCAGAUGGCACGGUCGUCACGGUGAUGGCGGGGAAUGACGAGAACUACUCGGCGGAGCUGCGGAACGCGUCCGGUGUGAUGAAGAACCAGGUAGCCCGCUUCAACGACCUGCGCUUCGUGGGACGCAGUGGCCGAGGCAAAAGCUUCACUCUGACCAUCACAGUAUUCACCAACCCACCGCAAGUGGCCACCUAUCAUCGCGCCAUAAAAGUGACCGUGGAUGGCCCACGAGAGCCCAGAAUAUGGCAUCAAACUCCUUCAUCUAUACACCCGAGACAAGCGAGUGACUUCACUCUGCUAAGUUACGGCUCAUGUCUGCGGAGAGGCGAGCCCACCCAAUGGCAUCGUCAGAAGCUGGAAGAUCCUCCCAAAGCCGGCCUGUUCUCGGACCGCCUGAGUGAGCUGGAGAGGAUGAGGGUGCGAGUGUCCGUGCCCACCCAGCCCCCUAGACCCAGCCUCAACCCAGCAGCCAACUCCUUUAACCCCCAGGGGCAGACGCAGAUCACAGACCCUCAUCUGUCCCAGUCCUCUCCUCCCUGGGCCUUUGAACAGCCGUACCCGUCCUACCUGAAUCCCAUGGCGUCCCCCUCCGUGCACUCCACUGCGCCCCUCUCCUCCAGCCGCGCCACGGGCCUGCCCUCCGCCACCGACGGGCCCAGACGGCUGCCAGGCUCCUCCGACCUCAGUCCGUUCUCGGGUCAGUUCGAGCGCCAGUUCCCGAGCCUGUCCACGCUGGCUGACUCGCGCUUCCCCAGCCCCCGCAUGCACUACCCGCCCGGCUUCACCUACACCCCGCCCGUCACCUCCCCCAUGUCCCUGGGCAGCGCACACUACCACACCUACCUGCCCCCGCCUUACCCAGGCUCCACCCAGAACCAGAACGUGCCCUUCCACCAGACCAGCAGCACCCCGUACCUCUACUACGGCACCUCGUCCAGCUCCUACCAGUUCCCCAUGGUCCCGGGCGGAGACAGGUCGCCCUCCCGCAUGAUCCCGCCUUGCACCAGCGCGUCCACGGGCAGCACCCUGGUCAACCCCAAUCUGCCCAGCCAGACUGAGGGAGGCGUGGAGGGGGACGGGAGCCACAGCAACUCCCCCACGGUGCUCAACAAUGGCGGGCGCAUGGAUGAGGCGGUGUGGAGGCCCUAUUGA